AUGUACUAUCCGCGAGUGCACAUAGACUCUACUACAGCGAUCAUGUCGCAUCCGUUGCUACACACAAGAAGAUGUAAAAGCACCUCAUCACUCUCAAGUACACGACAUUUGUCUUUUAGUGGUACUAGGAGGCAAAGUUUUAAUAUGUUUGAUGACCAUGAUAACAAUACACCAAGUAUUAGUGGUUGUAAAGUUAGGUAUACAAGGAGGAAAAGAAGCAUCAAGAGAAAUAAGACUGAAACACCUACAUUGAACAACAAUAAGAAUAAGGAUUCCGAAGAAAAUGUCGUUUUCACUACAAACAUUACUCCAUCAUUAAACUCAGUCCUAUCACAGAUCAAAAACUCGAAUAAUUUGUCCAAUAAGGCCUCUGUCGACUUACUUGCAAAAUCAGAAAACACUGGUAGUACUUCCCCACAUCUAAAACCAACCGAUAGUGGUAUUUUAUUGAAGAGAAAAUUAUCCGACGAAACUCACAACUGUAAUAUUAAUACUGACUCUGGCUUUAACUUCCGUGAAAGUCUGAAAUUAGAUACCCUUUCUGAUGCAGAAGACUUAAGUUUCAGUAGAGACGAAGAUAUAUCAAACCUUUCAAUCGCCACGAUGGAAAUACAUCCUCUGACAGAAGAAAUGACCCCUGAUAAAAUGAACUCACAUAAUGAAGACAAUAGCACAGAUAUAGGAAAAAUAAUUGACGAUAAUUUGGCACCAAAGCUAAAGAUAAUAAAUAUCGACGACCUAGACUUGAACGAUCAUUGGAAAGUUGAUGAAUUAUCAGAAGUAUUGCCACCUAUUUUUCACAGAAGCUAUGGCUAUGUUAAACCUGUUUCCAGCCUAGAAAGAAUUACUGAUAACGAUUCUAUUUCAAUAAGUCAUAGAGUGCAGGAAAAUGGUAGGAGAAACUCGUUGGACCUAAGUUUCACUGGAAUGAAACCGACACAAGGACAAAUGACUAUUAAAACUAGUCCGUAUAGUGCUGCUAGUAAUAUCAUAUAUGGAAAAGACUCCGUAGAACUUGAGUCAUGGCCAGAAGCUAAUUUUGCCCCUAGUUCGAAGUCAAACAAAUUGACUAGGGAUAAUAUGGAAAAAUCUUCAAAUCAACAGCAUGAUUUGGUACCAUUGCUGUUAUCAGACAAAAGAGUGCGGGCUAACUCUCUAAAUGGUAAUUUUCUAAAGCUGUACUCGAUUAAAACAUCGGCUACUUAUAAGAGCUUGAUACCGGAGGUAAAUGUUGACGAGAGCGUUUUACAACAAUUGUCUUAUAAAGAUAUUUGGAAUUUAGACAUACACGAGACAGAUGUGGCACCUAAGGAUAUUAAAAUUGCUCUUAUAACCAAGAAAAAACUAUGGUCAGAUCUUUUGCAUCAAACUAGAAGAGAUCUGUAUGGGGAACACACGCCUUGGAAUAUGAAAUUUGUGGUCCAAGAUACUGAUCCUGUAGCUAAUAUCGACAAUAGUACGGAAGAGAGAAGAGUGUCACUGGUUAGAUUAAAAUCCGAAGUUAAACCAUGGACUACAAAUGAAGACCUAUCUUCUGAGUUAUCUGGUACUAGAAUGCUGAAACCAUGCGGUAAACUUAAAUUAACAAGUAAAGGUCCAAAUAAGGAAAUUCAAUAUGUUGUUAAAGGUUGGUGUGAUAGCCGAUUUCAAUGA